AUGAGUGGAAAACAAGAUAAAUCGACGGUAGAUAAGUUAAAAAACAUGUUUAAGAAAAACAAAGGAUCUGGAAGUAAUAUUUCAAAUACAAUUCAAUAAUAAUAUUAACCCCCCAUUUUCUUAGGUCUUUACCGAAGCAAAGAGUUUCAUUUAAGUGAAGAAAUACAACGCGAUUUAAAGGAAAGUUCGCCAGUACACGUUCGCCUAAAAGCCCUAAGAGAUCUAAAAGGAGACGUUAUGGAAUGCCAAAUCGAAACGAACGAUAUUGGAAGAUUAUGCAAUUACACCUUAGAUUUACUGUCCAAUUCAAAUAUAGAAGUACGCCAUUCAGCGUUUACUUUUCUCCAAACGCUCGUUAAAUACCAAAACGAACGGUUAGGUUUGAUUCGUAGAAAAAUUUUUCAAAUCGUGAAAGAUUACAACGAUGAUGUACUCCAACGAUUUGAAUUAUUACAAGCUUUAACGGAAAAUGGACGAGAAAUUUUACACAUGGAGGAUGUUGUCGCGCAAUUUUUAUUGUUGUGGUUUCCAGAGAUUUCUAAAGCGGGAAUUAUUGAGAUGUAUAUGCUUCUUUUGGAUAAUAUGAUUAAAUUUAACGCUGCCUAUGUCGAAGAGGAUGUUGUUAAUGGGUUGGUGCAGCAUAUUUGGUUUUUAUGUUGUAAUGCACAAGAACAAGAUGUUAAAGCUUGCUUACAAUUAUUAGAAAACAUCGUUGCUUAUAGCAACUUACCCCCGGAUUCGUUAUCGCAGUUUAUUGGAACGUUGUGUAGAACAGUUAAUGUUGAAUGUUAUUGCCAAUUAAGUUGGAAUAUAAUGCGUAAACUUCUUGGUACACACAUGGGGCAUUCAUCAUUAACUACUUUAUGUGGAAUUUUACGAGAACCUUGCUUAAGUCAAGAUAUUUUUUUGAUUCGAGGAGCCGUUUUUUAUAUCGGAAUGGCUCUUUGGGGGCGACAACAAGUUGUGACUCUUCAAUGUUCGCCGGGAUCUGUUCUGCCGCAUAUUUACCAAGCCGUUCAAGGAAUGAACCCGAUAAUAAGCUAUGAAGUCAUGAUUUGUGUGAGUUUGUUAAUAAACAAACAUGGAACUGAGUUGCACGGAGCCCCUUGGGAUGUUAUUUUAAAUAUUUUACUCACAGUAAUUAAACAAAUCGAUAGUAACCCAAAACAUGUUUCUAAUUCGCAAACAUUAAAAAAUCUUCAUGAUACUUUAACCGUGAUAGAGAACUUCAUUGAUAAUGGGAUUUUUAAUGGAUCGAUUAAAAAGUUUUUUGAGAUUAUUGAUGAGUGCGCUGCGAGAAGACCAGAAGCGUCUGUUUUACGAUUAGUUUCGUACUUGUCACGAAGUAUUAUUCCGACUGAAGUUUUGUGGCUUACGAAUUUAUAUAAUCUACUCCAACGGUAUUUUAAACAAGAAAAAAGGGCGAAUAUUCGAUUAAAAACUUUGGAUGUUUUAUCAAACGUAAUUCAUCUUCAUUGGGAUAAAUACGAAGAUGAAUUAAUUGAUCGGAUUGUAAUUCCCCAUUUAGUAGUGAAUGACCCCGAUGUGAUGGUGCGAGCUUCAUCUUCGAAACUCCUGUUGGAAUUAUGUGCUAAUUGCGAAACUAAACGUUGUUUGGAAAUGUUGGAUAUUCUCGAAAAGUUAUUAUAUCGACCUUACGAAGAUUACAGUGAGAAUACAAGUUUAACCGAUGCCGAUUUAUUUGAUAUAAAAACUUUGGUGGACGGCUUAAUAAAAGUCUUCGUAAUUAAAGUUUACAAAUUACCUUCAUCUCAUGCGAUUAAAAUCUAUCAAAUGUUGAUUAAAUUCUUGGAUUUUCAUUAUAGUAAACCGAAAUUAUUCGAUAAUUGUAAUAAAAUUCGGUAUAAGAUCUUUGAUUGUUUUUUGAAAAUGCGAGCUGAUAACACGUAUCAUUUGGGUUGUGUAAACGCAAACGAAGAAAUUAAGUUUAGUCAAUACCUUUGUGCGACUUACAUCCAAGAAAAAACAGCUAUGAUGUCUCCUCCACCACCAUCUCCGGCUAUAAGCCAACAACCCCAAUGUGUUGUAACCUACGUUUCGGUUAAACACGCUUUUAAAUUAUUCAUAACCUGCUUGCGGAGCGAAAAAGAUUGGGAUAUUUUGAAUCUUCUCUUAGCACAACUUCCCUACGUUUUACAAAACAAAUCUUUGAUUUUAUCUAAACAAGGUAACCCAGAUAUGCAUUUAUUAGUAGAGACUUUAUCGCAAAUGAUUGUUGAUAAAACUUUAGCCGAGACUUUCCGAUCAAACCGAUCCGAUUUUAUAGCCGCCGUUUUAUCCGUUUUGGCGAAUCUAGCUUCAUACCACAACUAUUUAAAUCAAGCGGCUCAACAGGAAAUGAUCGGGUGUUUAUAUAAAUAUUUAAGUUUUAAAUGUGCUCGGCAAUGUAUAACAGCUUUAAUGACGUGCACCUUGGAAAUGAGGGAUAUUAUGGUGAAGAUGCUUCCUCAAGUUUUAUUGAGUUUAUCUAAAAUAUCAGCUACGGAUAGAAUCGCAAUACCAGUUUUAGAAUUUCUUUCGACUUUAACUGUUUUACCGAUGGUUUUUGCUAAUUUCGUUGCUGAUGAAUACAUGGCUGUUUUUGCUAUAUCUUUACCGUACACAAAUCCAUUUAAAUAUAAUCAUUACAUCGUUUCUUUGGCACAUCAUGUUAUUGCCGUUUGGUUUUUAAAGUGCCGAUUACCUUUUCGAAAAGAAUUCGUUCGAUUUAUAACAAGCGGUUUACAAACGAAUGCGUUAACACCGUUUGAAGAAACCAACUUUUUAAAACAAUCCGAUGUAAAUAAGCUAAAUCAAGAUAGUUCAGAUCGUAAACGGAGUUCAAGCUUAACAGAACAAGGUUCGAGAAGACCAAAUAGAUCCCCGAUAACCCUUUCAAGACCCACAGUUGACGUGAAAUGUUUAACCUCCGAUUUUAAAGUACCAUCGGAUAAAUUAAAAAUGACGUUUUAUGAGGAAUUAACGGAAACUUGCAUUGAUUUGAUGGCACGAUACGCUUUUUCACCAUGUAGCGCUUUACCGAGGAGAUUACCAACAGCUGACUUUUUAUUAAGCGGUGGUCAAUCGACAAGUUGGUUACUAGGAAAUAAAGUUAUUACGAUAACAACAAGCGGUUGUGCCCAAAAAGCUUUAAAACACGGCUUAUGCGAUAAAUGUUUUACUGCUUGCAAAAUUGAUAGGACGCCGGAAGAUACUAAAAAGACAAGUCGUAAUAAUAGCACAGAAAAAGAUAAGGAAGACUCAAGUACCAGAGUUACACGACAAAAUUCGGCCGAUAAAUCGAAUACAAACACCUCAACGAGUAGCCCAGUGGAUGAAUCAAAAAAAUUAGGCGAUAAACUCGAUCAAUUACCAUCGAAAUUGCAGCAACUAAGUGUUCAUCGUGAUUCAAAUUCGAGCGAAAAGCUGCGAUGUGCGUGUUGGUGCCAAGGAUGGGCGGAAAUUUACGUCCGAAGACCAACCGGAGAUAUGUCAUGGGUGAUGAGGAUCCAAAAUCAAAUCGCCGAUCAACAAUCAAUUUACGAAUUCCCCAUAAAUGAGAUUUCGACGCUUUUUACAUCAUCGUUGAACCAAACUUCGAGUGAUGUAGGCAGUUUUGAUAAAGAUUUCCAACAUCAAGGAACAAGCACAAGUCAAGACGAAGAUGUUAGUGUAACAGCACCGAUAAGUAUUCCAGGUUCACCUAAUAAACAGUCACCUUCACGACAAAGUUCUCGAGAUAGUAUCGAUGAAGAUGAAUCAAUCUACGAGGAUGGAACCCGAUCAAGAAAUCCCGUUCAACGAUCGAAUUCAAGUCCGGAGAUGUCAGCGAAUUGGCGUAACCCAAUGCAACAAAAGGAACGCGAGGAACGGAAUCAAGUUGAAGAUGAGAUAACAAAAAAAUUAAAAAAAGAUUUACGAGUGAGUUGUGAAGCUAUUCCGGAAGAGAUUGCAGGUACAACCCCACCAACGGAUGGUACAUAUUACCCCCAGCAUCCAUCAUUAUUAAAUUCGCUAAGUUAUCCGGGUCCCCAAACCCAAAAUGACCCAAAUAUAAUAACAAAACCAAGUCAAACUGUUCCUCCGUCACCCAAUCCUUCAAUUCAAACCUCGCGGCCUCAAUAUCCACGUAAUUAUGGAGUCCUCCGAUCGGCUAAAAGUGAUUCAAUCGAUAGUAUCGCUUCAGAAAAAAAUAUUGAGCGGCCAAAUACGCUUCCAACGCUUUCAUCAACAGCUUUAGUAGCAAAACCACCUCAAAGUCCCACUCAAACAUCCCCAAGACCACAACGUUCUCAACGUGAGGGAAAUGAAAUUCAAAAGAGUGCAUCAGAAAAAACUGGGUUGCAAUAUUUGAAGAAAGAUAAAAGAAAUGAAAUUGAAAAAUUGAGUAUCAGCGAUCAAAGUUUAAGCAGUCAAAUAAGAGAUCGUGGUUAUACAAUUUCCGUUAUGUCACCGGUAAGGAAACCGAACUCAGAAAUGCUAAGACAUCAUGGUUCUCGACCUAAAGAAGCCCCAAAAAGUGGGAUAUCACCAAGUUUUAUUUUUUUGCAACUCUAUCAUGCGGCUCAUUUAAAAAAUUCGACCGAAAAACCUUUAUUGAUUGACUCAAGCGAUAUCGUUCAAAGAGCUUUGACCGUUUUAGAUUGUAUCCCGCCAUAUGAAACCCACAAAAUCGGUGUGUUGUAUGUGGGGCCUGGUCAGUGUAAAAGUGAAGCGGAUAUUUUAAGGAAUAAAGUUGGAUCAGUGCGAUAUCAAGAGUUCUUACAAAAUUUAGGAACAUUAAUUAAGUUAAGCGAUGUUGAUCCCCAAGUCGUCUUUUUGGGUGGGUUAGAACAAGGAGGGUGUGAUGGAAAGUUCUCUUACAUUUGGCAGGAUGACGUUAUUAGGGUUAUGUUUCAUGUGGCAACCAUGAUGCCAAAUAAAGAAUCAGAUCCGAAUUGCCACGAGAAGAAGAGACACAUUGGAAAUGAUAAUGUUACGAUUGUUUAUAAUGAAUCGGGGGAGGAGUAUCAUAUUAAUACGAUUAAGGGUCAAUUUAAUUUCGCAUCGAUAAUAAUUCAACCUUUAGAUCACAACACAAAUAGGGUUACUGUUAAAGUUAAGGAAGAUCUUUUACGUUUAAUCGGGGUAACCGAGCCAAAGUUAGUUUCAGAUCAAAACGUAGCUAUAUUAGCUCGUCAGUUGGCUUUGCACGCUAAUAUGGCAUCCUUGGUGUUUAAUUCGUUAAAGAACUCUGGAACGAAUCCCUAUGCUUCAAAUUGGUUGGAACGAUUAAGAAAAAUUAAAAAUCUUAAAAACAAAAUACAAGAAGUGAAAAAGGAGCCGGAUGAGGUUAAAAUGAAGCGAGUUCAAAUGGAGGAUUUUACGAAGUACACCUAAUUAUUUAUGGACUUAUAAUCUAUCAAGUACUAUUUAUAUUGCUUAUUAUAUGAUUAAUAUAAUUGUGAGAAACAUUUCUAUUUGACACAAUAUUCAUAACCUCACUUUUUUUAGUUUUAAUUUAAGCCAAAAAAGGAUUUAUUAAAACUAAUUAUUGAUGUAUUGCUUA